CUUCGUACGUGCUUCGUAAGAGGAGCAGGAGGAGGAGGAGGAGGAGGAGGAGGAAAGUGUUUAUACGUGUGUGCAUCAAUUUUCCCCACUAAACUAUAGACGAACGACCUACACCCUCGAGAAAUAAACAAUGUCCAACAUUUACUCAUCUCUAUCUAAGAAAGAAUCACAUUCCUAUUUUAUACAUUAUGUAUAUUGACUCGCGCCAAAUAAAUAAUUCAACUUUACGAAAAACGUGAAUGAUUACGCGAACUAUCCUUCGCCAUUGGGUCAAAGAUAUAGUACAUAUGCGUAAAGUAAUACAAGUAAAAUUCUUUCGAAUCUUUAUUUACAUUUGUCAAGUAAGUAAAUACCAGAUGAUAUCGCCAUCGCUCCAUUUUAGUAAAUCAUCGGAGGACGUAAGCUCGCUUGCCUAGCGUGAUAUUAUUUACAUAAUAGAGCCGUGAGUAAAGACAGGUGUAAUCGAAGGAAAUCGUAUUACAUUUUACUCUAUGAAAAUUUAGUAACUUCAGGCGCGACAUGACGAUUCGCAAUAUUACAAUUUUAUUUUUGAUAGUCGCGUCGGUGUCGGCAGCUAUCGGCCGAGAGACUCGUGGUCCGCGCCUCAAAAGAAUAGUAGGAGGAGAAGAUAGCGGCUCGAACGAGUUUCCCUUUCAAGUUUCUUUACGUUACUCGGAUACCGUGCACAUUUGUGGAGGUGCCUUGAUAAGCGAAAGACACGUCUUGAGUGCUGCACAUUGCGUGUGCGAACUUUUCGACGAGCCUUACGACGAUCUGUCGGUCGUAACUGGUACGAGGAGCGUUAAAAAAGGCGGUCAAUUUCAACGAGUUAAAAGCAUCCAUUGUCAUCCCGAUUACGUUUUUGGGGCGAAAGGCUCGUGGACCCACGAUUUGGUGAUAAUUACGUUGAGCGAUAACGUAAUUUUGAAUUCUGCACAAAAUCUUAUCGACCUGCCAGUUUCGGACGCGCCGGAAAACGUAUCGGUAAUCUUAACCGGUUGGGGUAGACAUCAUUCGUUCGGUCCAUUGUCGGAUAUUUUACAAAAAGUUACUCUAACCACUAUAACCAACGAAGAUUGUCAAACGUAUUACAAUAAUACCAUUUUACCAUCUCACCUGUGUACUUUAGAACAUGAGGGAGUUGGCGCCUGUAAGAUUCCAGAGAUGGCACAAUACAUACCAAAUUUUAUAACUAAAGAGGAAGAAGAACGAAUAAUAAAACAUAUUAAUGCUGUUCCCCUUCCAAAGUGGACCCAAUUAAGUUACAGAAGAUUACAAAAUUGGGGCGGUAUACCCCAUCCCAAAGGGAUGAUAGCGGAGGAAAUACCAAGCUGGCUUCAAAUUUACAUUGAUAAAAUAAUUUCUUUAAAUGUUUUCGAACGAGAUAAGCCACCCAAUCAUGUAUUAAUCAAUGAGUAUUUGCCUUCGCAAGGAAUAAUGGCACACUCGGAUGGUCCACUUUUUUAUCCAAUUGUAACCACCAUCAGUUGCGGUUCUCAUACUCUUCUAGAUUUCUACAAACGUAACGAUAUUAUGGAGCCGCAACAACUUAAAUUGGAGUUCAGUUUGUUGUUAGAACGUAGAAGUCUUUUGAUUUUGAGAGGAGACCUGUAUAAUGAUUAUUUACAUGCUAUUGCGGAAACUUGUACCGAUACUAUUUCAAAGGGAAUAAUCAAAAAUAUGAAUAUGUGCGCGUUAGAAUAUAACGAAGGACAGGUAUUAAAAAGAGGUACAAGAUUAUCCUUAACUAUCAGACAUGUACCUAAAACUAGUAAACUGAAAUUAAAAAUUGGUUAAUAUUGAAUGUUCUAUAUUUUGUGGUUACGCAUAAAAUGUUAAUCCUUACGACAUUUCCAUAGAAGUUGUAUCGGUAUCUUCAUAAUUUUCUAAACUAAUAUCCAUUAUUUCUUCGUCGCAUUCGUCUAACAUUCCUUGCAAAGAAUGUAUAGAGGAUAUCAGAACGUGAAACUGUUUUCUUCGCAUUUCUAAUUUGUGCUCCAAUUGUUCAGAUUUUUCCUUUAUUAAAAAAUUAACUUAUAUCAUCUCUCUGUAUGCGCGCUCUGUAUGUGCGUGUGCGUGUGCGUGUGUGUGUGUGUGCGCGCGCGCGCGCGCGUUAAGAAGUUUCCUAAUAAAAUUCAUUGUUUCAUUACC